AUCGAAACAAAUCAAAAGCAAAAGAUUCCAUGAUUCAUAGUAAUUUUACAAACAACAAUCUUUAUUGUAUUAGUCAUCUAAAAGAAUAUCAUUUUAUAACGUUUAUUCAUUGAUUCCAUAGUGAGUGAUCAAAAAUCAAGAUGUUUUCUUCAAAUCCCAAUUACACGAAGCUAAAAACUCACUUGAGAUUGGCUAUAAAUCGUCUCAAGUUACUGGAAAAGAAAAAAACUGAAUUAGCCCAGAAAGCCCGCAAGGAAAUAGCUGAAUAUAUCGCUGCUGGAAAAAGUGAACGUGCGAAAAUUCGUGUGGAACAUAUCAUCAGAGAAGAUUAUAUGGUGGAGGCGAUGGAAAUAGUUGAAAUGUACUGUGAUCUGAUCCUAGCAAGGUUUGGGCUGGUUACACAGAUGAAGGAGUUAGAUGAGGGGCUUGGAGAAGCCAUAUCCAGCCUCAUAUGGGUUGCUCCACGGAUGCAUACUGAUAUUCAGGAACUGAAGAUAAUAUCAGACUUAUUAACUGUAAAAUAUGGCAAAGUAUAUGCAGAUGCAUGCAGGGAUGAGAGUGUGAAUACAAUAAGUGACAAGUUGAAGCACAAGAUGUCUGUUCAGAGUCCACCGAAGAUACUGGUUGAGAAGUACCUCAUUGAGAUUGCUAAGAACUAUAAUGUGGAAUAUACUCCGGAUGAACAAGUUAUGAGGGAGGAAGAAGCUAAAGAUGCAAUGCUGAUAGACAUUAAUGGACCAGCCAAUCCUCCGGGCUUCAUUGGUUACCCCACACCACCCAUGCCACAGAUGCCCAAUCUACCACCACCCAAUGUUACACCGUUCAACUAUCCAUCGCAACCAUCUGGCGGUAAAGCUGGAGGUUUCAUCGCCAAUAACUACGGCGGGCCCAGCCAGCCAAUGAGCUACGGUGGGCCCAGCCAACCAAUGAACUACGGUGGACCCAACCAACCAAUGAACUACAAAGUGCCGCCCGGAGUUGACUCCAAAUCUCUCAACAACAGCUUCUUACAGCAAGACAGUGUGGAUUUGGAGGAAAUGCACAACCUACCUCCUGCUUACGACAGCAUUGCGCAUGAUUCGCCUUCACACGUACCGACAUCGUAUGGACCACACGCCCCAGCACCGAACGUACCAACACCCCAACCUCGGUCCAAACCACCCGCAAACAACUUCUUCCCCGAACUACCAGAGCUACCCACCGUGCCCUCCGACCUCGUCCUACCCUCCGUCCCUCACAGCAAUAACUCCAACACAUCCAAUGAUGCAAACGCUCCUGAUGAGAUUGACUUUGAAGAUCUGAACCGACGGUUUGAGGAGUUGAAGAAAAAGAAGUGAUUAUUUUUUGAUCUGUGUAAAAUAUAUAUACACAUAUUUUUUUAAUCUCAUACCAUAUAAUAUUAAGAUUGUGCUGUGUGGCAAAUCCUGUUGUACAUCACUUUAUAAAUACGAAAGUGCGUUUGUUUGUUGAUUUAUUGGUUUGUCCUUCAAUCACGCCCGGAGCAAUUGUUGUGAUUUUUUGCAUGACUAGUCACCUGGAGAGUGAUAUAGGCCUAGAUUUUAUGGGACGAAAAGUAUUUUAUCCCGUAAAUCAAAGAGUUUCCACUUGUUUAAAAACCUAAAUCCACGCGAAAGAAACCGCGAGGAAUUUCUUAAUUAAAAUGACGUAUAUUGCUAUCCCUUUCACAAUACUCUCUGUGGAAAAGGAUAGCAUUAGAUUUACAACAGAAUUAGCCACAAUGAUUAUUACCUUUCGAUGCUUACUAUAGAGUAAUAUUUUUAUCGCACACGUGCGGUAAUAGUCCUAUUUACACUUUUGACAGCGGUGAAUUAAGAGCCACUUUGCGACCAAAUGUAUUGAAA